AUGGCUGCCCCCGCCGACGCCCAAGCCGCCGCCCUCCUCGCCCACGUCGUCUCGCAAAUGCGGCAGAACAUCGAGUUUCUCGUUUCGCAGAACUACAUUACUGCAGCGGACGCCUCGCUCAUGACCGCGAGACUGCCUUGUGCGACCGGCCCAGUCUCCGCCGCGGUGGCCCCCGCGCUGACCAAGGCGCCCCGCGCUGUCCCCCCUCCUCCCGCCGCACGCCCUGUUAUCGGCAAGGCCAAGGCGCUCUGGCCGUACAACGAAGACGCCCAGGACCCCUCCGACCUGACCUUCCACCCCGGCGACAUCAUCGAGAUCGUCGAAGAGACCAACGACGACUGGUGGAUCGGCCGCGUGCGGGGCCGAGAGGGCCUCUUCCCCACCAACCACGUCGCCAGGGUCGACACGCCCGCCUUGCCUGCGCGCGCGGUCCCCCCCGCGCCCAGGGGCUCGACAGAGAAGCCCGCGUACAAGCCCUUCAUGGCCGCGCACCACGGCGCGGACGUGCCCCCGCCCGGCGGCGCGACAAACUCGCUCGGGCUCGCGCAGGACCCGAAGCAGGAGGCGAAGAAGAGCAAGUUUGGCAAGUACGGGAACACGAUGGCGCACUCUGCAGCGGGCGGUGUUGGGUUCGGCGCAGGCGCUGCUAUCGGCGGCGGUCUCGUGCGUGCUAUUUUCUGA